GUGUUUUGUCACGGUGACUGAAAGCGUGAACGCAGACGAGCAAAAAAAAAACCAACAAACUGGUUCCUAAGCUUCCUUUUUCUCGCUUGGUCAUGGCGGAGGGCAGCGGGAGCGUCAACCACGCCAUCCUCCCUCCGGGGGACCCUCAGCUUAUCGCGAUGAUCGUGGAGCACCUGAAGAACCGGGGCCUUUUCGACGAGUUCCGCCGGGACUGUUUGGCAGACGUUGAUACCAAGCCUGCUUACCAGAACCUUCGCCAGAAGGUGGACAACUUUGUCGCAUCCCAUCUGAGCACUCAGGACUGGAACCCGUCCAUCAACAAGAACCAGAUGAGGAACGGACUAAGACAGAGUGUUGUCCAAUCCGGCAUGUUGGAGUCCGGGGUGGACAGGAUCAUCACGCAGGUGGUGGACCCGAAGAUGAACCACACGUUCCGACCGCACAUCGAGACCGCCAUCCACGACUUCCUGUCAGGAGAGAAAAGGGAGGACGGCAGCACUGAGCAGACGGAGCCGUGCGAGGGCCAGUCCGCCUCGGGCCCGAGAACCCCUCGGCUGCGCGCUCUUGAACGACACGCCCCCCUCCUCCCUACACCGAGCGCAGACAUGAACACGCAUGCGCCGGCCGUGCUCCUGCUUCUCUGGCUCUCCGCGUGCGGACACCUGCGCUGCUCGGACAUGAGUGACGUCACGGACGAGACACUGGCGCCUGACGUCACGGACGAGAGACUCGCGCCUGACGUCAAACGUCGCCUCUCCCAGCAGAGUGCAGCGGACAUCCAGACCUGCGUGGUGCGUUCAGACGACGUGGGAUGUGAGACUUUCCAGUGCUUCAGCAACAACUCGUGCGAGAUCCACGGCCUGCAUCACAUCUGCGUCACGCUGCUGCAACACGCGGGAAACUACGACUCGCAGGGCAAGUUGUCGGUGAAGGAGGGACUGCGCUGUCUGGCGCUGGGCAUCCGUCAGCGCUUCGGCUGCAUCAGUCGUCGCUGUGCGGCCGUGAAGGAUCUGCUCUUCUCGCUGCAGAGGGACUGUUUCUCCAAGCACCGGCUGUGUCUCACCCUGCGGGACAACCUGGACACCGUCAGCAGCCUGGUCCACUUCCACCUGCUCUUCCCCCCCGGACUGCACGCCGAGCUGAUGAACUUCCUGUUGGAGUGCGGCGACGAGGUCCGGUCCUGGGUGGGGCGCCGCCUGCGGGGACAAUGUGAGCAACACUGGGGGGCGCUGUGCCGCAGCUUCAGCACCGCCUGUCUGGACCACCCGCCCACCGGCACGCCCAGACCGCCAGCCAUAGCGACCCAAGCGGCGGGCAACGUGACGUGGUCCGGACUCAACGUCACGGACGACCUCUAACCUCUUUUUGAAUUUUAUACUGUUUUCUUUUUUUACACUUUUUUUUUAAACAGGACAAAACUAUCUACCUCACCGCUAACAACCAGCAGGCGGCGCCAACAACACUCUUCCCUUUUUCUUUUUUUAGUAUUUAUAAACCGGUUAUGUACGAGUUUCCUUCAACUACCUUUUUAAUGAAUGUAUUUUUCAUGUAAGAGAAAUGUGACUUUUUAUUUGAAUAAAAGCCAAACAAACAAA